AUGGCUGAAACCUUCGCUUUCAAUGCUGACAUUCAGCAGUUGAUGUCCCUCAUCAUCAACACUUUCUACUCCAACAAGGAGAUCUUCCUGCGUGAGCUUAUCUCCAACGCCUCGGAUGCGCUCGACAAGAUCCGCUAUGAAUCCAUCACUGACCCAGACAAGAUUGAGGCCCAGCCGAAUUUCUUCAUCAAGAUCAUCCCGGACAAGACCAACUCCACCCUUACCAUUGAGGAUUCGGGCAUCGGUAUGACCAAGAACGAGUUGAUCAACAACUUGGGCACCAUCGCCAAGUCCGGCACGAAGGCCUUUAUGGAGGCCAUGGCCGCAGGUGGUGACAUCUCGAUGAUCGGACAAUUCGGCGUCGGCUUCUACAGCGCAUACCUUGUCUCAGACAAGGUGCGCGUGGUCAGCAAGCACAACGACGACGAGCAGUACAUCUGGGAGUCUGGAGCCGGUGGAUCCUUCACCGUGCAGAAGGACACUGAGCUCGUGCACGGUGAGAUCAAGCGUGGCACCAAGAUCAUCUGCUACCUCAAGGAGGAUCAGUCGGAGUUCCUGGAGGAGCGACGCCUGAAGGACUUGGUCAAAAAGCACUCCGAGUUCAUCGGCUUCCCCAUUGAGCUCUACGUGGAGAAGUCCAAGGAGAAGGAGGUGACCGACUCCGAGGAAGAGGAGGAGGAGAAGAAGGAUGAGAAGGAAGGCGAUGAGCCCAAGAUCGAGGAGGUUGAUGAGGAGAAGGAAAAGGAGGAGAAGAAGAAGAAGACCAAGAAGGUCAAGGAAGUCUCACACGAGUGGGAGCAGCUCAACAAGAACAAGCCGCUGUGGAUGCGAAAGUCUGAGGACGUGACUAACGAGGAGUAUGCCUCCUUCUACAAGUCCCUGUCCAACGACUGGGAGGAUCACCUGGCAGUGAAGCACUUCAGCGUGGAGGGUCAGCUGGAGUUCCGCGCGCUGCUGUUUGUGCCGCGCCGGGCUCCCUUUGACUUGUUUGAGACCAAGAAGAAGAGGAACAACAUCAAGCUCUACGUGCGCCGGGUCUUCAUCAUGGAUGACUGCGAGGAGCUGAUGCCCGAGUGGCUCAACUUCGUGAAGGGAAGCACAAUGGCCCCUGCAAGGAAAUUCUACGAACAGUUCGGCAAGUGCCUCAAGCUGGGCGUGCACGAGGACUCCACCAACCGCACCAAGGUGGCGGAGCUGCUGCGAUACCACACCUCCAAGUCAGGAGACGAGCAGAUCAGCCUGAAGGAGUACGUGGACCGCAUGAAGGAAGGCCAGAACGACAUCUUCUACAUCACGGGUGAGAGCAUCGCCGCUGUCUCUUCCUCCCCCUUCCUGGAGACCCUCCGCAAGAAGGGCAUCGAGGUGCUCUACAUGAUCGACCCCAUCGAUGAGUACUCCGUGCAGCAGCUCAAGGAAUUCGAUGGGAAGAAGCUCAAGAGCACCACCAAGGAGGGUCUCGACAUUGAGGACGAGGAUGAGAAGAAGAAGCUGGAGGAGAUGAAAGCGGAAUUCGAGCCACUCACCAAACUGAUGAAGGAGGUCUUGGGAGACAAGGUUGAAAAGGUCAUCGUGAGUUCUCGCAUGGCCGACUCGCCGUGCGUGCUGACCACCUCCGAGUAUGGAUGGUCUGCCAACAUGGAGCGUAUCAUGAAGGCCCAGGCCCUUCGCGACAACUCCAUGACCUCCUACAUGGUGUCCAAGAAGACCAUGGAGGUGAACCCCAAGCACUCCAUCAUGGCGGAGCUGAAGAAGAAGGCUGCCGCCGACAAGUCUGACAAGACAGUGAAGGACCUGAUCUGGCUGCUCUUCGACACUUCGCUCCUCACCUCCGGCUUCAACCUGGAUGAGCCGACCCAGUUCGCCGGCCGAAUCCACCGAAUGAUCAAGCUCGGCCUCAGCAUUGAUGACGAUGACGAGGGACUCGGCGAUGACGACGACCUCCCACCGCUGGAGGAAGUCGAGGGCGCUGCUGACGAGGCUUCCAAGAUGGAGGAAGUCGACUAA